AUGGCCAGCCUGAGGCCCAGUCGACCCACCUGCAUCAGGGCAGCAUUCAGUGCAGCUGGCUUCCGGAAGUGGCAGAGACAGGCUCGUCAUCGCCUUCAGGUCAGCUCCAGAAGGAACCUUAUGGACUUCGCCGAAGGCAUCUGCAGAGAGUUUUCAGAUCCUUAUGAUGGUGACUCAGAAGAUUCCCCGGGUCAUUCCACCUACCGCAACUACCGCCAGCGUGUCCACCGCCUCCUGGGUGACAGGAACCGCAAUGCACCUUCCUACACACUGAGGUUCAAGAUCACUGAGGAGGCCACUGUGGAAGACUCGCUGCAGCCAAAGGCUCCAGAUCUCACCAUGAAAGCUUCUGGCUGGGCCCCCAUAGCCCUGGAAAUCAAUGACGUGGACAUGCAGCCUGAGGGGGAACUAAAGGCACUAGGCCCCCAGGAGGUCAAUGGGUGGCCUGCUAGGCUGUCUCCAUCAACAGAGGACUGGAGGAUGACAAGGGCUGCCAGCCCCCCCAUUCCUGUGGAGACCCCAGAGAUGAGCAGACACCUGCCGAGCAGAGCGAGAGCAACUCGGCCACCUCCCAGACUCGGGAGUGAGAGAGACAAGGGACCCAGGCUGUCACUUUCUAAGAGGAAGCUGGAGCUUUUACUUUCAGAGCCUGAGCGAACUAAGAGAAAGAAGAAGUACGCAGCCCAGCCCAGCCCGGGGCCCUGGUUAGCACAGGACAGGGCCGUGGAGCCAGCACAGAGCCAGGGACUCACUCCCAACUAA